AUGUUAUCAUAAUGCUUUAUAUUUCAAGUCAUUAACGCUUUAUCAGGAACGGUUAACCCAAUUUAAUAGGGAUAUUAAUACCAGUAUUAAAUGUUAGACUGGAAUAAUUCCUUAUAUUUCACAGUUGAAUAAAAAUAUAUUCCGGCUUCUUACUAAUAUUCAAGUUAAUAAUCAAAUAGCAUAAAAUAUUUUAUCAUAUUUGCUAUUUCUAGUGGACGAGUUACAGAUGCGGAAGUUUAGAAUGUAUUUUUGCAAUAUUUAAAAAUUGAUGCAUCUCUGAAGACAUUAACACUUUAUUUUGAAAUACUAACACAGAAACAGAAGUACUUGUAGUAAGUUGGAGUCACUAAUUUAAAUUAUGAGGGAUUCUGGUAUAGUUUGGAAAUAAGAAAUGAUGCUCUGUAAAAAUGCUUAAACAUCACUUACUAUCAAAAUUCUAAUAAGAAUGUUAUAUUUCAAAAGAUUUACUAAAACGAAUAUUUUGCUAUUACUGAUUAUUUUUCAUUUUAUUUAGGGGAAUCAAAAAUAGUAAAUAAUAUAUUUAAAAUAUACAUAGUCUAAAUAAUUAGGAUAUUAUCAAUUUUAAGGUGUUAUUAAAUUCCAAUUGAUAGCAAAUACCACUAAGUUUAGUCCAACUGCUUAAAGUGCUUGUAGCUCAACAUCUGGAUAUGCUAUGAAAAGUUAAUUUAAUUUUACAUCAGACUUUUAUUAUGAGCAUACAAUUAAGGACUUAAUAUAUAAAUCAUAUGGAGUAACCACUUGGGUGAAGAUAGAUGAAAACAAAGCCAUAAGCAAUAAUUAUAUAAAUGUUCUUCAUAUACAGUAGAAUCCAAAUUCAAAAUAUCAAAACUAUAUUGGAGGAAAAUUGGCUUAAGUGACAUAUUUCAUCAAUUCAACAAAGUAGCUGAUCUAGAUAUUCUACUAGACAUUUACCUUUCCCUCCUUACCUUAAUUGUCAAAUACUGGUGAUCCAUUAGAAAAGAGUGUCAUUUAUGAGCUAGAUAAUUAAUAUUCACUUUUUAAUUGGCAUUAUUUUUCAUACUCAUUUCGAAACAAUUAGAUUUAUUUGAAUUUAAAUUUUGUUAAGCAGAAUUACUAAUUUAUAAAGACAAUUACAAGUGUCAAUUAAUUUUCUGAUUUGAUCCUUGUAGUUCAUUUAGGAGGAACACCUACAAAUAGAAGCAAUGCAAGUGGAUAGUUUAAUCUAGCCUACUUUUACCCUUGUCUUAAUUCCUAUACUCCAAAAUGCCAUUAUUCAUGUUCUACAUGCAUAGGACCUCAAUCGAAUUAGUGUUUAAGUUGCACAACAUCCUCUAAUAGAUAAUUAUCAUUUGAUUUCAAAUGCAUCUGCAAGCUUGGAUAUUUAGAUUUGAACUUAAGUUCAUGUUAUUCGAUUUCAACAGCAACAGUUCAAGAUUAAUUAGUACCUCUAUCCACUUCUAAAGAAUACGACUAGUAGGACCCUUAAAUAAUAUGUAGUUUCGGUUAUUUUAGAUAUGAUGACAAAUGUUAUCAGUGGUAAUUGUUUGAUACAUAUUUGUUAGUCCUAAAUUAAAAAAGCUGUACUUUUGUCCAGAAUGCAUCUAAUACACAAACACAUGGGUUUAUAAUCCGAUUUGUACUAAAGAUUAUUAAUAAUAUAAUCAGAGUGAAAAUAACACCUUUACUUAGGAUAUAAUAUCACCACUAUCAAUACUUUCAUUAAAUAUUGAACCUUACACAGUUUAUUUAUUUAACCAUGAGGAGCUUACGUUUUGUGCCUAUUGCAAUAGUCUAUGUCUAAGUUAUCCAUAUUCUUAAAGUUGCCAACAGAGUAAUUAUUAUCAUUUGCAAAAACAAAUAAUGGUGAUUUGUUCAUAUGGGGCAGUGUUAUAGGAUGGAGAAUGCAAAUAAUAAUGCUCGGAAGAAUGUUAAAAAUGCGAUUAUAUUAAUAAGGAAUUUGUCUGUUUGGAUAAAGAUCCAAUAUCAACUCCGACUCAAAGAUGUUAGAAUGUAGCUUCAAAUGUCUGUAAACAAUGCUAUGAUAAUAAUAAUUACUUCUUAAACAUGGAGUAGAAUGAUUGCUAUCCAUGUUCCAUCCCUAAUUGUAAAUAUUGCUUCUAAUAUUUUAAAUCUGACUUAAGUUACAAUUCAGUCUUUUAACAUUAGCCAUUUACAUAUGAUCAAGAGGACUUAGCUGUAGCUUGUGCUUUAUGUCUAAAUGGCUAUGCUUUUAGUUUUGUCUCAGGAAAAUGUGAAAUAUAACCAAACAUCUUGGGAGACUCAUGUUCCAGUUAUUACAUAAAUUAAUAAGGGAAAUCAACAUGCUUGAUUGACAAGGACUUCUCGCUUAGUAAUACUGUGCAGGAUUGCAGAUAAUAUUUAUCAAUGUGCAUCACUUGUACCAAAGUUCUUUAAAAUACAUAUUAUUGUCUUUAAUGCGAAUCUGGAUAUUAUUUGCAUGCGAAUUAUGGUGUUUGUAUGUCCUGUAUCGAAUACAAUCCAUUAUAUUCAGAAUGCGAAUAAGUGCAAGUUUUUGAACCUUUAUUUAAAUUUGAAUUGGCUCCUUUCUUUUUUAGUUUAACUAAAUAACAUCCUGGGUAAUAAAUUCUGGAAACUUUGAAAAUUAAAGUUAAGUCAUGUAUCAGUACUUAUGGUAUGUUUAAUGAUAUUAUUUGUUAAAAAAGUGAUUCAAUAAAUUGUGAAUUUUAUGAUAGAGGAUGCAGAACCUGUGCAUCUACUAAUGAAGGAACUAAAAGACUUACUAUAAUUAAUUUGAAAUGUUCCGACUGUCCUUAUUUUUGUGAAUAUUGCAAGCCCCGUGAAAUUCAGGACAUAUAUUCCAUAAAUCCUUAUACAAAUAUAACUGCUAUACCUCCUGAGCUAACUUACAGAUGCAUUCAAAAGUCCAGUAUUCACAAAAACGUAUUUUUUGAUAAUCGUUUACAAUUAGCCAGAAUAUGUUCUCCAGAAAUGCCAAAAUGCGAAUUAUAUCACAUCUAGGUAUUCAUUUUUAAUUUAUUUAGAAAUUUACAACUUUAAAAAGCUUUUACUAAACUAUUAUAUCAUUAGCCCCAUCUAAUACAUUGCAAUAUUAUAAUCUAAGAGGUAGUUCAGGAUUUUCAUUUUUUAUCAACUCUAGCGCUACUUAUUUAAUUGAUAACUCCUUUUUUUCUCUUUUUGAUAUCCAAAAUAAUUAUAUAUCAUAAGUUGUAAGUGCUAAAUUUACAAAAAUUACUUAUUAUUCAUAAACAAUUUCGUAGGCUUUAAUUUUUGGAAAGCUCAGAUUUCUAAAUUUUUAGGAAAUCGAGUUUAUCCAAACUAGUAUCCUUUUCAGUUUAACAUAAUCAUCUAAAUUAAUUUUUGAAUCACUUGGAGCCAUAAAUCUUUUAUUUGAAAACUGUAUUAUUUAGGAUUCAAACACAACAUUUAGUUUUUAUAAUUAAAUUUUCGACGUAUCAAUUUCAUCAAGAUCUUACUAAAUUGCUGUCUAAAACCCUAAUAGAAUCAAUUUUACUAAUGUCCUAAUUUCAAAUAUAUCCCUAUUAAACACAACAUUUCUUAAUUUAACAACUGUAAAUAAAUAAAUUAAUCAUCUUGAUUAUGUUUAUUUUUAAAAUGUCACAUUUUUUAAUUGUUCAUUUUCUUAAACUAAUAUUCUAAGUUUGUUAGAUGUGAACCAAUAUAAUUAUAUUUCUAUAACCGAAUUGAGCUUUAUAGAUUGUAAUUUUAGCAACAGUUAUUUUAUUCAUACAUUCGGUUUGCAACUAAAAGGCAAAUUUAUAAUUUAAGAUUUAGUCAUGAAGAAUUGUUUGAUGAGAAGUUCUGCUUUAAUAACUAUACCAGUUACUAUAACUACUACAAUUAGUGAUUUGCAUCUUUAAAGCGUUUAGUUUUAUGAUAGUGAUUUUAUCCAAGUAUCUUCGUCAGCACUUAUUUCAAACAUUAUUGUGAAGGAUAGUAACUUUUCGAAUUCCAAAAUCAUCCACAAAAUCAAAUCACUCAUAUCCUCUGCUAAGGAAGAAUAUCUUAUAGAAAAUCUAAAAAUAUUUGAUUGCUAUUAUUAGGAAUUCAACAUAAUAUUAAUACCUUAAUACAGUAUUGAAGAUACUAGAGUAACAUUGAGAUCUAUUGAAAUUUCAACCCUUCAUUCCCUUAAUUAUUAUUUGAAUCUGAAUUAUCCAUUUUUUCAAUUUUAAGUUUCUUAAAUAAUAAUUGAAAAUAUUAAAUUGAUACGCUAAGCUGGAUCUAUAGAUUUUGUCAUUAAGGGUUGCGAGUAUGUUUCCAUCUCAGAUGUUAAGAUAUUGUCAAAUUUAAUUAAGAUUUCAUCUGAUUCAAGCGAACUAAUACAAUAAACUUUAAAUACUAUAUUUAACAUUGAAGCUUGGUAACUGAAAUUAGAAAACAUACUUGUGUAAAAUUAAUUAAGUGUUAAUGUCAUCUUUUUUUAUUUUAACUUAAUUAAAUUACAAGAUUCAUAAGAUGGCUAUUUAAAGAUCAAACAUGUACAACUUGAAAAUAUUCAACUAAUUAAACAGUAGUUCUCAGAAAUCUCAACGAUAUUUUAUAUCACAAGUUUGAUUGCUUAAAAUAUAUCCAUUUCUGAUUCUUAAUUUAAUGGGAUAUUCCUUAAUGAAUUUGUAUAAGAUACUAAAAUAUCAUCUGCUGCUAUUGCUGUUAUUGUUUCAGAAUAAAGCAACUUAAAAUUAGAAAAUAAUUAGAUAAAUGAUGUUGUUGUUCUGAAUUCAAGUAAUUCAAUCUUCUUAAUUUAAACUUAAUAAACUAUCUUAGAAAAUUUAAUUAGUUUUAAUGUAAAUAAUUUUUAAUCUUACAUCAAUAAAUAUAAAUAGAAAUUAUUAAUACAAUUUGAAUUGAUAAAUGGUCAAUUCCUAAUUAACUCAUAAGGAGGAUUAUUUAAUUUCUUGACUUAAAAGUUAACUAUAUUAUCUUGUCAUUUUGAAAACAGUGUAGGAUUGUGGGGAGGAGUCUUAAGCAUCACAACUAAGUUUUUUGGAUUCAUUGAUAUUUCAUAAACAAUUUUCAGUACCUCGUCCACUAAUUUUCAUAAAAAUCAAGAUGGAAGAGGAGGAAGCAUUUUCAUUAAUUCAGAAAACUCCUAUUUAAAUUUAUCGAUUAAAAAUACUAAAUUUUUGAAUUCAACUAGUGGUUUAGAAGGAGGUGUCAUUUAUAUCAAACCUACGCAAUAUCAAUGUUAUUUGAAAUUAUAAAAUGUUACCUUUAAAGACGUUUUUGCUAUUCAUUACUCAGCUAUAUUUUUUUAAAUAAUUGAAUCCAAUUUUGAUUAAAUCUCCUCUAUUGAAUUAUUUAAUAUAGAAAUAGAAAAUUAAUUAUUACAAUUUAUUUCCUUUUUAAAAGAUUAUUCUAUAGAUCUAAAUGAUUACAAAAUAAUUGAAUAAUCUGCAAUGUUUUCUCUUAGGAAUGUGUAUAAUAUUAUGUAUUAUUUUAAGCUUAGUUUACUUGAAUGGUUUAAAAGUUAAUGGAUUUAUCACUUAGCCUAUCCUUUACAUAACUUAUAUAAAAUGCCUUUUUAUGGAUUAAGUAAUUUUAUAUCAUAUCACAUCGUUGUAUAGUCCUUUACUCUAUAUUGAAAAUAUUUCAUGUAAAUAUUUAAGCGUAUGAAUUUUAGAACAUAAAUCUGCACUCUUAAUAAAAUCAACUCUUGUUACUUCCUUUAAUGAACUUGAUCAAGCAUAGAUAAAAAAAUAUUCUUAAAUUAAAAAUAUCAACUUGUCUACCAGAAAUUUCUCAUCCUUAUUAGAAAUAGUUCUUAAUACAAAUCUUACUUCAGCUUAAGUAGUUUCACUCAAUAUGCAGAAUAACAAUUGCAAAACUUGUUAAUCUGGAUUAAUUAAUAUUAAUAAUAAAUAAACAAUCAAGAGGGUUAGAUUGAUAAAUUUAUACUUCUUUUAAAAUUCAUGUGGUUAAGGAUCUUGUUUAUCUUUAAACUCUUUAAUUAGUGAAACUUUACACUUUAUGUCCUAAUCUUUAUUUUGCUAUAAUUCUGCUCAAACAGGAGGUGCAAUUUAUUUAUCCAACUUUAGAUUGAAAAUUCGCUAAACAUUUUUUUUAUCUAAUAUGGCUUCUGGUUCAGGAGGUGCCAUCUACUAUUAAACUUAAAAUUCAUCGCAAUCACUGUAAUUUAAACUUGUAAGUUUUGUAAACAAUCAAGCCCAAAUAGGAGGGGCUAUUUAUGAUAAAAAUAAUUAUAGUUUGGAUUUCAUAUCUUUUUAAUUAAUUAAUAACAAAGCUCAAUAUUUUGCCAAUAAUUUAGCUACUGAACCUACUCAGCUAUAAUUCCUAAUUAAUAAUAAACCUACAAUUAAAAAAAGUAUAAUGGUUGAAAAUAAAACCACUUAGAUUAUUAGUUACUUAAAUAAUUCUAAACUAACAAAAUUUAUAUAUAUGCCUAGUGGGGUUUCCUUAAACAAUUAUUAAAAAUUUAAUAUGAAAACUAGUGCUUAUACACUGUUAAAUUAUAAUUACACUAUUCAAGCUGUAAAUUGUUUCAAUGAAUAAAUUUAUGAUCUUAAAUAGACUUUAUGCUAAUUAAAUAUCAUUAAAAUACAAAACAAUAAGUCAAAAGAAAUAAGUUUAAACUCUGAGAUUAAAGAGUUGAUAUUUGAUGAAGAGUAAUAGAGAUACGACCUAAAAGAUCAGGUAUUUACUUUAGAUCCAUAUCAAGAUGAUAGUUUUUACUUAUAAAUUGAUGCUUCCUGCAAAUCUUUUUCAACUAAAGAUUAUAAUUUAAGAUUUUUUGUAAAAACUUACCAUUGUUAAAUUGGAGAGUAUUUCGAGAACGAUAGAUGCUUAAAAUGUGAUAGCCUAUAAGGAUAUUAUUCAGUUGAAGUUAAAAGCACAUAAUGUACUAGAAUGAACAUUUAAAUGAUCAAAAGUACUACUGGAGCAAUGAUUGAAUUAUAACCUGGCUAUUGGCGACCCUUCUUGAGAUCAAAUAAAAUUGAGUAAUGCAAAAAAUAUCCAAACAGAUGUCUGGGAGGCUGGGAUGUAUCAGAUAACACAUGCUUUAUUGGAUCUUUUGGAGCUUUAUGUGAGGAAUGCGACUUAUUUAAUCUCAGAGGACAAGGCUCUUAUCUAAACAAUAAAGAAAGUGUCUGCCAGCCAUGUGGUAAAUUUAGUGUUUAGUUGAUAUUCAUGGUUUUAGAGUCUAUAUGGAUUAUUCUAUUAAUAAUUCUGACUGUCAGAAGUAAUAACUUUUCAAACAAAUAAUUAUUUAAGCUUAAAUGCUUAUACCGCCACUAUUAAACUAUCUAUAAGCAAAUGAUGGAUUAAACAAGCACCCUUAUUAAAAUGGCUAAUAACAAUUUUUAAAUACUGUCAUUAAUUAGCACAUUAUAAAUCAGCAUUUUUUCUGGUCUAUCAAACUUUGUAAUAUUUUUAGGAGAUUCUACAUAUAUAAUAACGUAUUAACUUGAUUGCUCUAUUCCCUCUAUUGUAACAAUUCAAUACGAAUAUGCUCAUUUUAUAAUAAUUUUACUAUUGCCAUUAUUUCAUUUUGGCAGUUGUUGUUUCGUAUUUCUAAUCUUUCUUAUCAAAAAAUAUGUGACAUUUUCAAAAUCAUUUAUAUACUCUUCUAUUAUUUAUAUUUAUUGUUUAAAUUUACAAAACAUUAUGAAAUGGUAAUCUAUAUUAAUAUUAUUGAUAUUAGGGGUGUAUCCUUAAUCACAAAACGAUAAUUAUCUGGGAUUGAUUGGAUCUAAGCUAAUGUAGCUAGUAGAUAUGACACAGAGACACACAAUUUAUGGUCAAAAAGAUUCAUUUAUCCAAUUUUGAUUUUAUUGGGAGUCAUAAUUCCUGCGUUCCUAUUUUUUUAAAUGAGAAAAAUAAGAAAAUCUUUAGAUGAUAGGAAUUCAAUUUAGAAGUUCUCAUUUUUAUAUAAUGAAUACACAGAUAAUUCAUAUUAUUGGGAAAUCAUCAAGAUGUUACAAAAGAUAUCAAUAAUAUUAAUAGUAAAUUAUUUUGAAUAAUCAAUAUUAAUAAAGGGAAUUUUAAUGUUUCUUAUAGUUUUAAUUUACUAUAAACUUUGCUUAGAAAUUCAACCCUAUAAAUUGCAAUCCAUAAGCUAGAUUGAUUGUAAGAUUUCGUUUAUAUUAUCAAUCACUCUUAUUUGCAGUGUUUUAUUAUAUGUGAUAUAAUAGGAAGACCUAUUUUAUUUGAAUUACGCAACACAACUUAUAAUAGUGUUUCUGAUAUACAAAUAAACAGAAUUUCUAUUGAGGAGGAUUUUGAUAGUUUAUGUCCAAAGACUAAACUUACAAUUAGAUAAGCUAAGGGUGUAAAUUCUCAUCAGAUUCCCAAGAAUAUAUAUUUAAUAUGUGUGUCUAAGACCAUACUUAAUGUUAAGAAAGGAUUAACAAGAGAGAAUCUAAUUGAGAUUCAAAAAGAUACGAUAGUAUAUAAGAACUAAAUAGAGAUAAGUCAAAGAGAGGAACCUCUAUUUGGGCCAUACAUAGAGAGAAUCAAGUUUGAUUGGAUCAUACCCUCCAACUUUUAAUUCGAGUCGCCGUCUAUAUACUGGAGAGCAUGGGCAAAUAUUAAAAUCAAGUGAAUGA